CAAGAGAGAGUGAGAUUUAAAGAGCUCCGGUUUUCCGCACAAAACCGCUGAGCAUAUCAAAAGAGUGGCUGUUUUAUCCUGGAGGCGACCGGCUGAUAGUCUGCUGUGCGAAUAACGAGGCAGUGCCGCGAACGUCUUAAAGAGAGCGACCUAGUCCGCGACUCAGCCAGAUCGGUAACCCUAUUUUUCUGUUCGGUUGUUAACAAUUUUAAGACGUGGUGUUGCUGUUACAUGUACUGAACAGAUUAUCGCAUCUGGCUCCAACGAAAGGCAAGAAAUUGCCGAUGCCCAAACCUAUUUCGCUAGCCACAAUUAUCACCACUACUGAAAUGGCAUCGCAAGGGAGAAUUGAGCACUUCCCUCCUUUUACUCAAUUUGUUUCUUUUUGUUCUUUUAUUGUUUAUCUUGCUCAUGGUGUUUGUGAGAAGAAGAAUAGGUAGUGGCGGUAAUCAUGAAGGGACAGGAAGAAGCAUAAAUUAAUUCCAAAGCUAAAUAGUUAUAUUGGUGGCGGAAGAAUGAACAUGUUGUCCCGGCAAAAGGACGACAUAAAGAAGAAUUAUAAAAGAAAGGGGCUCAGAGAUAUCGAGGUGAGCAGAGAGAUCUGAGUCUGCCGCCCUACGCCGGUGGUUGUUCCUUCCGUCCGUAGCUUCUAUUCUGCAGAGCGAGGUCCUCAACUGGCCUUCCUCCAGUGAUCCACGAUAUUGAGGCUCGGAGAAUCUUCCAACUGCCGGCGUCGUAGAAACAAAAGAUGGAGUCUCCGAUAAUGACAGACAUAUAAAGGUAUAUCGGCUAGUGGACUAGGUUAUUCCGGGAAGCCCGAUACCUAGAGAUCCACAGCAAGGAGGCUCGUGAUGAAUUGUUGCACGGUAGAAAAGGGCAAAAGGCGGGUAUGAGGUUUUCAAUUGGGCCGAGUAUUGACAAGCCCAAUCUGAGGCUUAAUGAAAAUACAAGUGGCCUGCAGAUGAGCGAAAUUUUGUUAAAUGAUGGUGGGCCAAAUAUUUAUCAGAUCAUGAUGUCGCACGAAGGUGGCUUGCUGCUUACAAAUAAAAUUCCAAUGAGCUAUUCUUCGUGUCUAGCCAGUAAGAGGGGCGUGCUGCCCGCCCAACCUUGGUGCGUGCCAAACCUUUGAUCAAGUGGCAUGGCUCUUGCUGAAAAAGGAAGCCUACUAACUUCGACCAGCAGUUCGAGGACAUGGGAGACGAUAUACUCUUACCGGACAAAGGUAAGUAACUGAAACUUCCUCGUGAGUCAUUACUAAAUGAUAAAGUAGAAUCUAUUCCAUACUUUUCUAUGCAUGUAAUUGAGAAAUCUUAAGAAUGCUUGAGAAACGAGAAUUGAUGCAUGAUUAUGUCGACAUCAAGAAGUGUUAUCUCGAUGAUUAGAGUAUGAAACUUAAUACAUGCGUUGGAAUAGAAUAAUGAUGUUUACACGGGUACGAAGAAAGAAUAUUUAUGGGAACAGAAUGGGUUACUUGCCCAUAGUAAUGACAAGAGAAGAAGUAUUGUUGUCAAUACUAGGUGAACCACUUAUGUUGAUCUGAAACAUUAAAGUUUCAAGAAUGAGAGCAACAAGUCGAACCAUAUCCACACCAAUUAGAAUGGUACCCUUCGUGGUAACCAAAAGAUUACCAGUUAAUCCUCUAAGAAUGACACUAUUUUUCUCUGCUAUGAUUGUGAGAAACUAGGUCAUAAGACACGAAAGUGUAAGAACAAGUUUAACCUAGUGUUAACUUGACUAAAGAAGAGGAUUCGGUAAUAAUAUUCAUUGAGGUGAUGACAGAGGUUAGCCUUAAUGGUAACUCUGAAGAAUGGUUGUUGGAUAGGACCGCUUGAAGAUAUGUGUGUGAUAAACGAGCUAAGCUCAAUCAUACAUUGACGCAUAUUGAAGGAAAAAGUGUUGUUGGGCAAGACCCUUACCACUAUUGUUGAUGGUUCUGGAAAAGUGGAAGAGGACUCUGCCUCUAGAAAGUCAUUGACUAUCCUAGAUGUAAGGAAUGGUUAAGUAGAUAAGAUAAAUUCUUCCAAGUGUGUCUGUGUGAAGAAUUAGAAUAUCUUAUAUCGCAUUCCCAUAUUAUUAUUGGAUACGUGAGAAAAAUAUGAAUUUUCUAUAUCCAAACUAAAUGACCCAUAAAUAUGUGAUUAGAGAAUCAGAAUAAAUAGAUCUGAUGUGGGUAAACUUGAUGGAAAAGACAAUAAACAAUUUAUUGCUCUUUAGAGUGCUCUGAUUGUCAGACUAGUUAUUUGAAAUGGUUUGAAAUGCCUAAUUGCAUUAUGAUUGCACUGAUUAUUCGAUAUGUGGCAUGCAUGUGGUAGCGUUAGAAAAUCAGUGUAACAUGAUAACUAGAAGAGCAUAUGAGUGUGUUUUAUGUUGUUAACAAUAAAAAAAACAUAGUUCCUAUGAAACGAAAUACUCAUGUUGUUGUGAAAUCCAUUAAUGCCAAGAAACUUCCAUUUUAAAUCAAGAAAUAGUGGGGGUAGUGUCCUGCCUACUAUUAGAAAUAAUGGAACUAGUGGGGGUAAUAAAUAUGAGUUUAAACUCAGAAGAAGCAAAUGAACCUGAAAUCUCUUAAGGUUUUUGGUUAUGAAUUUGUUAUUUACACCCUAAGAAAGAAAGAUCCUACAAGUCUGCUAGAAGUUCGAACUUCCAUAAAGAUGCAGAAUUGUGGGAGAAUCCAUUAUUAACGAAAUGGAAUUAUUAGUCCAAUAAGACUUAAAAUCUUGUAGAGUUACCUCUUGGUUGAAAAGCCGUGGGUAAUAUAUCGAUAGAAUCGAACAAGAUUUGGCAUUAUUAGUGAAACCUAUUGGUUUAGUUUAUGAGUAUAAGGAUCGCCUAAUAGCUAAGGCUUUAAGCGAAAAGGAAAAAUUGUAAAUUUUUUGUUAUCUAUUCACCAUAUGUAGAAUAACAUCCAUGGAUGUUCUGAUUGCUAGUGUUGUGCGUCAGAUGGAUUGUUAAACAUGUUUAUGUGAAUGGUGAUUUAGAUAGGAAAAUCUACAUGGGACAACCUAUAGGGUUGUUAUUCUUGAACAUACUUAGGGAGUCUAUAGUUAGACAAAUCAUUGUAAGAUUUGAAAUAGACUCUAAGACAAUGGCAUGAAUAAAUGGUUCUCUCUCAUGGUUUUAAAAGUGAAAGUGACAAGUGCAUUUAGUUCAACUUUGAGAAUGACACUUGCAUUAUGAAUGACACUUCGGUCUUUGGUACAAAGACUCGUGAUGUCAAUAUUAUGAAAAACCAUGUUGUUUGAGAAUUAUGAAGGUAAAAAGAUAUAGAUGAAGCAAAGUGUUAUGCUCGGAGAUCCAGAUUACUAGGACAAUGAAAGAGAUUUCAUCUAGAUCAGUUUAACUACACAGUUAGAUCUAGAGGAAAUACGAGUUCUACACCUGCAUAAAUGUUUGAUGGUGCUAGUGUAAUUUUUAAGAGCACCAAAGACGGUGUAAGAAAGUAAGAACAUACUAGCAUCGACAGUAUGCGAGAGGCAGCUGAUAAACAUGAGACCCGACAUAGUGGGGGUACUUGGCAGGCUUACUGAUUGUCCUAGUAUGAAGCAUUGAAAUGCUAUUGAAAGGGGUCAUGAGACACCUUAAAAGAACAGAAAAACCUUGGUAUUUGUUAUCAAUGGUUUUGUUGUAUUGGUAGGGUAUAGUGAUGCGGAUUAGAAUACCCUAUAGAGGACUUCAAGACAACAAGAGGCUGUGUUUUAAACAUCGAUAGAGAAGCUAUGUCUUGGAAGUCUAAGAAGUAAACGAUCCUGGCUCAAUCAACUAAGAAAUCAGAAAUGAUAGAACUAGCAAUUGCUAGUAAAGAGGAAAGUUGAUUGAGAGGGUCACUACUAGAGAUUCCCUUAUGGGAAAGACCGAUCCCUCCGGUAGUUGUUUAAUUGUGAUAGCACCGCAGCUAUUGCAAUAGAAGGGAACCGGUUCUAGAACAAAAAGAGACGACAAAUUUGUCGUAAGCACAGUACUGUAAGAGAAUCCUAACGAUAGGAGCAAUGAGGGUGGAUCAUGUAAGAUCCUAACAGAAUCUAGUUGAUCCUUUGACGAAAGGAUUAACUAGAGAGAAGUCCAAAGUGCCAUGAUGGGUAUGAGACUUAUGCCUACCGAACCAUGGAUUACAAGUGAUGGUAACCCGACCCGAUAGACUGGAGAUCCCAAGAAACGGGUUCAAUGGGUAAUAACAAGUCAUGAGUAAUAUUGAGAAAAGUUCAUGCAUAGUGAAGCAUGAAUCCCAAAGCCUUGGAGGUUGAGUUAAACUCUUAAUGAGAUCUAUACUCUAUGUGGAGUGAAGUACUUUACUUUGGGGGUACUUCUGAUAGACUCACCUAUGUGAAUGUGGGAGUGAGGCCACUCCCUAUGGAACUUUGGAGGCACAAAGUUGCUAGAGCGUUCACUAAACCGGGAUAACGUGCAUGGCCAUAAACGCACGGCCUAUGAGAGAAUAUCACUCAAUGAAAAGAUCCGGUGUGCUACAUUGUCUGAGAUAGGGUUCAAGACUACGAGUCACCCUUAUGAAAUCGGAAGUGUAACCACUACGCUAAGGUUCAAAUCUUCGCGAUACCUUAGCUUAUGCCCGAUCUUAUGGAACUGUUGAUGCUCAGAGAUAGUUUCAAACUAUUCAAGUGGGGGAUUGUUGGGAUGAAUAGCUUUGAAAAGCUAUAAUGAAAUUCCUAAUUAAUUAUCCAGUAUUUUCCAAUAAUACAUAAAUAAGAUGGAUAAUUAAUAAAAUGAAUAUUAUGGAGAUAAUUAGGAAUAAUUAUCUUAAUAGAUUAUAUUUUAAUUAUGGGAGUAAUUAUCUCCCUAAUUAAAAUAUGACUUAUUCCCAAAGAAAGAGGGAAUAUUCUGGGUUUUCUGCUCCUAUAAAUAGGAGACGCCCUAGACCCUCUAUAUACACCUCAGAAGAGCAAAAACACAAGAGAGAGUGAGAUUUAAAGAGCUCCGGUUUUCCGCACAAAACCGCUGAGCAUAUCAAAAGAGUGGCUGUUUUAUCCUGGAGGCGACCGGCUGAUAGUCUGCUGUGCGAAUAACGAGGCAGUGCCGCGAACGUCUUAAAGAGAGCGACCUAGUCCGCGACUCAGCCAGAUCGGUAACCCUAUUUUUCUGUUCGGUUGUUAACAGGAACUAGGAAAGGCUUUCCUGGAAAGUGCCACGUGGGGUGCCACUAGCUUUCACGCAACGGCCGUGGAUUGGAGAGGAUCGGCCGCAAGAAGUUAAUAGUUUAGGGGCAGUCCUUAUCAGCGACGGACGACGGGAUCUCUAUGUUUUGGCCACUCAACAGCGAGCGUCUACCAAAACGUGUGGUGUGGCGUAGACAGAAUUUCGUUCAAGGUGGUUCAUCUCGGAAAAAAAAUAUAUGGUAAAAUAGUUUUUUUUAUAUAAUAUUACGUUGAAAACUUUUGAUAAAUUAAAAUGUAUUAGCAGUCGAAAAUAUCAAAAAUAUCACUAUGCAUAUAUACCAAACAAUCAUUGAUUUAAUUAGUCGUAAUGUUUUAAAUGGUGUUCUUUGUUAAGAACCGUUAAUCAUUAUAUUUGUGGUUUACUUUGACUUCUCAUUGUUAUGAAGUAGUUAUAGAAGUUAUAUCAUAUAUGGCCGUCCGUCUUCUCUUAUUGCUUGAUUGGGAAGGUACUGCACAUGAUUAAUAAUUAGAAGGAACACCAACAUUAGGUAUAAGACUAGGGCUGGGAAAAUAGAUCAGACCGUUAGAAAAAUCGUGGUUCAAACUGUACCGCACAGUUUGGUUUGGAUCGUAGACCGUUAAGUAUGGUCUGGUCUGGUCCAUGGUCUGGUUUAUUUUAUGUUUUGAUCUCUUGGUCUGGUCUGGUCUAGACCGCGGUUUACCGGACCAAACUGUGGACCCAACUGACUUGUCAAUACGUGUUAAUAGCCCAUUCGAUCACAUUCCCAACUCACACAACGACACCCAAAUCUCAACCUUAAUUUUGAGAAUCUCGUCCCUCCUUCGUUCACAACCACAUUUAACCAGAGAGUAGAGAUAAUCGUGUCUCCAUAUGACAUUAUGUUAAUGUUUAUGACGUUAUAGUGCAAGUUUGUAUGCUUUUACUUUGUAUUUUUGUUAUUUCUAAGAUUUAGGAUAUCAAAAUUAUUCAUGCAUGUUAGGAUUAAUGUUUUAAAGCAAAUAAUAAUUAUUCUUCUUGGUUAUUGGUUCAAUUUUUUGUGUGGUUGACUAAACAAAUUAUUCAUUUUUCUUUGAGUAUGGUCUAUCUGGACCAGACCAGAUCAAACCAGACCGCACAGGCGUGGUCUGGACCGGACCGUAUAGUUUGUGGUCUGGUCUGUGGUCUAUAUUCAGUAGGGCUGGAUUUUCGGUUAGUUCGGUUAUAACCGGUAACCGAAAUGUCGGUUACCGGUUAACCGCGGCAACAGAAGUGGAUACCGCCAACCGCCCGAUGGAAACCAUCGGUUAGCCGGCAACCGACCGGUCGGUUACCGGUUAGUUGCUCGGUUAACCGCCGGUUAGCAAUGGCGGAGAAAAACUCACCCCAGCAAGACGACGAUCUCAGUUGAACCACUCUCCUCUCCUUCCUUCCCAUGGCGGUCCACUAUGACAGUCUCUUUCUUCAACUGCCUUCCCACUCUCUACAUAAUCCUUAAUCCCAUAUCCAUCCCCGUCCUCUUCAUCAAAAUCCCAUUCCCUCUCAACAUCCCAUUUCUUCCCUCCCUCAAUUGACCAUUCUCAAGUUCGAUUCACCCCGCCAUGGACGCCUCGCCGUUAGCAUUGAGAAGACAGACCACCCUCCAACUACCGGCUUCCCCAUUCCAACCCAGGAGAAGAAUCAGGGCAUGGAAAUUGAAGCUCCGCUCCACCUGGCGUUCCGCCAAAACCACCUUCUCCCGCAACCUUCUCAAACGAUUCCACCACCACCGCACAUCAUCCUCCGUCGCCGCCGCCAAAAAACAGAGUCGAAUCGCCCCCUCCAAUCCCAAUAACCCCCAAACAGACGCUGAAUCGAAGCGAAUCGGCCGGCGGGACAUCGUCGUGGCGUGGCGGGGGACGGUGGCGCCGUCGGAGAAAGUAAAGGGAGAGUCCGGGAGAGCGCCGUCGUGGCGUGGCGGGGGACGGUGGCGCCGUCGGAGAAAGUAAAGGGAGAGUCCGGGAGAGGGAGGUCUCGCGAUGGAUGCAGAGCAACAGACAGCAGAGCAGAGGAAUGGCGGAUUAGGGUUAGGGUGGGUUGGAACUUGGAAGUCAGAAGCGGCGUCUCUUUUACGAGGGUGAGAUGCGCCGGUUAGUCGGUUUAACCGGCGGUUAUUACUGUCGGUUAGCCGGUUAACCGGCCUCUCCAACCCUGCUACCGAACACCGCCCGAAACCUUUAUUUUCGGUUAGUCGGUUAACCGGUAACCGCCGGUUAUCGAUUUAACCGGCCGGUUAACCGGCAACCGAUAACCAAAUGGCCAGCCCUAAUAUUCAGCCUCUCGAUCUGGACCAUAGACCGUAUAUAUGGUCUGGUGUGGACCAGACCGCACCGUUUCCCAGCCCUAUAUAAGACAUUAAAAUAAUGUUGGAUAA